UUUUGUAUUAGACGUAUGCUGAGAUGUUCUUUCUAAAACUAGUCUAUUUUACACCAUACAUUAAUUAUUAGGUUCAUCCAAUUCCAUCCAACUAGAAGAAAAAAAAAAUGUAGAUAAUGUUGGGGUUUUCAAAGAGUGAACACCAAGUCACUAACAAAAGUUUUCUAGAUUCCUUUUCAACUAAUUAUAUCUUUUAAGACUCCACAAACACUUCAAGAAAAAACUGUCACUCACACUAAACCUACUUUGGUACUUCCCAUGUGAAUCAAGAAAAGCAACCAAAACGAGCGAAAGUCUCAUUGGAAAAAACCUGCAAAUCCGUUCAUCUUUAUAUAACCAUCUCUUUUAAACGUCACUUACCUUUUUUUUCUUCUUCUUCUUCUUUAAUCACGAUUCCUAUGAACAAACAACAUUCCUUAUUCACCUUCAUCGUGUUUCAUCAUCAUCUUCCCAACACGAUGAUGACCACUACUACUACUACUACUACUACUUCUCUCUCCUUGUUCCUCUCUCUACUUCUUAUUCUUUCUUGUUUCCUCCAAGUUUCUUCCAACGGAGAUGCUGAGAUUCUGAGCCGGGUUAAAAAGACCCGACUUCUUGACCCGGAUGGAAAUUUACAAGAUUGGAUCAUAACCGGAGAUAACCGUAAUCCGUGUAACUGGACGGGAAUCACAUGCGACGACAACAUCAGAAACGGUAGCACCGUCACUGCCAUCGAUCUCUCCGGCUAUAAUAUCUUCGGAUGGUUUCCUUACGGGUUCUGUCGUAUACGUACACUCAUCAACAUCAAUCUUUCUCAAAACAAUCUCAACGGCACGAUCGAUUCAGCUCCUCUCUCGCUCUGUUCUAAAGUUCAGGUUUUGAUCCUCAACCUUAACAACUUCUCCGGUAAAUUACCUGAAUUCUCGCCGGAGUUUCGUAAUCUACGCGUUCUCGAAUUGGAAUCGAAUCUCUUCACCGGCGAGAUUCCUCAGAGCUACGGGAGAUUAACUUCUCUCCAAGUUCUGAACCUUAACGGCAACCCGCUCGGCGGAAUCGUUCCGGCGUUUUUGGCUAAUCUGACUGGGUUGACUCGUCUUGAUCUCGCUUACAUCAGUUUCGAGCCUAGUCCGAUCCCAUCCAUCUUCGGGAACUUGACGAAGCUGAGUGAGCUACUGUUAACUAAAUCGAACCUCGUAGGAGAAAUCCCUCGUUCGAUCAUGAACCUGGCGUUGCUAGAGAAUCUCGAUUUAGCUAUGAAUGCUCUCACCGGAGAAAUACCUGAGAGUAUCGGUAGACUCAAAUCGGUUUAUCAAAUUGAGCUAUUUGAUAACCGAUUAUCUGGAAAAUUACCGGAGAGUAUCGAGAAUUUAACCGAAUUGAGGAAUUUGGAUGUCUCUCAGAACAAUCUCACCGGUGAAUUGUCGGAAAAAAUCGCUGCUCUGCAACUUAUCUCGUUCAAUCUCAACGAUAACUUCUUCACCGGAGAAUUGCCAGAUCUCGUGGCUCUGAAUCCUAAUCUCGUCGAGUUUAAGAUCUUCAACAACAGCUUCACGGGGACGUUACCUAGGAAUCUCGGAAAAUUCUCUGGUAUAUCUGAAUUCGAUGUCUCCACGAACAGAUUCUCCGGCGAAUUGCCGCAGUAUCUCUGCCACAAAAGAAAACUUCAAAGUAUCAUCACUUUCAACAAUCAAUUGAGCGGCGAAAUUCCGGAAUCUUACGGCGGUUGUGGUUCGCUUAAUUACAUCCGUAUGGCGGAUAACAAACUCUCCGGCGAAGUUCCGGUUAGGUUUUGGGAGCUUCCUCUUACUCGUCUCGAGCUAGCCAACAACAAUCGGUUACAAGGCUCGAUUCCUCCUUCGAUAUCCAAUGCUCGUCAUCUAUCUCAGCUUGCGAUCUCCGGUAACGAUUUCUCCGGUGCGAUUCCUUCCAGUAUCUGUGAUCUCGGAGAUCUCAGAGUCGUCGAUCUUAGCCGCAACCGUUUCUCAGGAUCUCUUCCGAAAUGCAUCAACAAAUUGAAGAAGCUAGAGAGACUGGAGAUGCAGGAGAACAUGCUCGACGGUGAGAUUCCGAGUUCGGUGAGUUCGUGCACCCAGUUAACCGAGUUGAAUCUCUCGAACAACCGUUUACGCGGCGGAAUACCACCGGAACUCGGUGAUUUACCGGUUUUGAAUUACCUGGAUCUCUCUAAUAACCAACUCACCGGUGAGAUUCCGUCGGAGCUGUUGAAACUGAAGCUUAAUCAAUUCAACGUCUCCGAUAACAAACUCUACGGUAAGAUCCCUUUUGGGUUUCAGCAAGACGUUUUUCGAUCCGGUUUAUUGGGUAACCCGAAUCUAUGUGGCCCGAAUUUAGAUCCGAUUCGACCUUGCCGAUCUAAACCGGAAACUCGGUACAUCCUCGCGAUCUCAAUCCUCUGCAUCCUUGUACUAACCGGAGCUUUGGUUUGGCUAUUCAUCAAAACCAAACCGUUAUUCAAGAGAAAACCGAAACCGAUUAAUAAGGUAAUCAUUUUCCAGCGGGUCGGGUUCACGGAGGAAGACAUAUACCCGCAAUUAACGGAAGAGAACAUAAUCGGGUCGGGCGGUUCGGGUUUGGUUUACAAAGUGAAACUCAAGACAGGGCAAACGCUCGCGGUGAAGAAACUCUGGGGAGGACCGGGCCAGAAACCGGAAUCUGAAUCCGUAUUCAGAUCCGAAGUAGAGACACUGGGUCGGGUCAGACACGGAAACAUCGUGAAGCUUCUUAUGUGCUGUAACGGCGAUGAGUUUCGGUUUUUGGUGUACGAGUUCAUGGAAAACGGAAGCUUGGGUGACGUUUUGCAUUCGGAGAAAGAAUUGCAUUCGGAGAAAGAACAUCGUGCCGUUUCUUCACUCGACUGGACGACACGAUUUUCGAUAGCGGUAGGUGCUGCUCAAGGACUUGCUUAUCUACAUCAUGACUCUGUUCCACCGAUUGUUCACCGUGACGUUAAAAGCAAUAACAUAUUGUUGGACCAUGAGAUGAAGCCACGUGUUGCUGAUUUCGGUUUAGCUAAACCGUUAAAGAGAAAAGACAAUGAUGGUGUCUCCGAUGUUUCUACCAUGUCUUGUGUUGCUGGAACCUACGGCUACAUUGCUCCUGAAUAUGGUUAUACGUCAAAAGUGGACGAAAAGAGUGAUGUUUAUAGCUUCGGGGUGGUUUUGCUCGAAUUGAUUACAGGAAAAAGACCGAACGAUUCGUGUUUUGGUGAGAAUAAGGACAUUGUUAAGUUUGCAAUGGAAGCAGCUUUGUGUUCUUUUCCGUCACCGGAAGAUGGAGCCAUGAAUCAAGAUUCACCAACUAGAAAUUAUCGAAAUCUUGGCAAGCUUGUGGAUCCAAAGAUGAAACUUUCGAUGAGAGAAUAUGAAGAGAUAGAGAAAGUUCUCGACGUUGCAUUGCUUUGUACAUCGUCGUUUCCGAUGAACAGGCCGACCAUGAGGAAAGUAGUAGAGUUGCUUAAAGAGAAGAAAUCACUCGAGUGAUGAUACGGUGUCGUUUUUUACUGUCUAAUUUUAGUCAUAGGCUUUUUAUUAAUAGGCUUGUCUAAUGUUACUUACGUUUGGGCUUUUAGAAAACUAAUGAAAUAUUUGUAUGUUUCGUGCCUCAAAAGAAUUUAAUGACAGAGAGCUUUAUAUAUUA